AUGACUAAACCUACAGAAGGCAUCAAAAAAUGGGCAAGUCCAAAAGAUUUUCCCUCAGAUCUUAAAUUAAGUGGGCGUAUCAUAAACUGUAUGACACAACUGCCUAAUGAGAUAACCAAAACUGCCGACGGGGACUGGAAAAUCUCACAUCUACGUGGCUCUUCUGCCUUGUAUGCAUCGAACAAGUUUUUAGUGGAUGAAACAGAGUGGGAAACACACCUUGUUGCAUGGACCGGAGAAAUAUACACCCAAGAUGUGAAAAUUGCUACAAAGGUGAAGGACAUGCAUUCUGCAUGCAAAGAAACGCCUGAGGCGGAUCCCUUGUAUCUCACGGAAAAUGAUAAGACAACAGUAACUAAGAUGAUUCGUGAAAAGAACGAAAACGACAAUAUCCAUCCUGUUUGGCUACUCAGAAGGGAUCAGGACAGAUGGAGAAAAUAUGCGGAAAACAUCUUAUGGCCCGUCUUUCACUAUAUGAUGAAUGAGCCCAACGAUGGAAGGGAAGAGAUUGACUGGUGGCAUGACUAUGUCAAAUUUAACGAGGCUUAUGCCGUUAAAAUCAAAGAGAUAGCAAAACCGGGAGACGUUAUUUGGAUUCAUGAUUACUAUUUGUUAUUAUUACCCCAGAUUUUAAGAAUGGAGUUGCCUGAUGUUUACAUCUGCCAUUUUCUACAUGUUCCAUUCCCUUCAUCGGAGUAUUUCAGGUGUUUGCCAAAGAGAAAGAUUUUACUCGAUGGUAUGUUAGGUGCAAACCAACUUGGCUUUCAAAGUUAUUCUUUUGCCAGGCAUUUCAUCAGUUGCUGUACAAGAGUAAAUGGCUAUGAAACUACUCCUAAUCAAGUGACCGUUCAUUCGUUCACCUCAAACGUUGUCACACUUCCAUUAGGUAUUGACGUGGAGAGCCUGCAGCAUGAUGCCUUUACUCCUAAAAUAGAAGGUAAGAUUAAAACUUUGAAAGAACUCAACCAAAACAGGAAGAUUAUCAUCGGUAGAGAUAGGUUAGAUUCUGUUAGGGGUGUGGUUGAGAAAUUACAAGCUUUUGAAUUGUUUCUUGACAUUUAUCCUGAAUGGAUUGGGAAAGUAGUUUUGAUUCAAGUCUCGUUCAAGCCCUAUUACCACAGUUCCAAGCUUGAGAAGAAGGUGAACGAGUUGAUUUCCAACAUCAAUAGAAAAUAUUCAUCUUUAGAUUAUUCGCCUGUCUUGCAUUACAACAUGAGAAUUAACAAGGAUGAAUAUUUAGCACUUUUGCGAGUAGCAGACUUGUGUCUCAUCACAUCAAUUAGAGAUGGUAUGAAUACUACUGCCCUCGAGUAUAUUGUUUGCCAGAAGUUGAAAUGUUCUCCUCUUAUUUUAUCCGAGUUCAGCGGGACUACGACAGUCUUGCAAAAGUCUAUUCAAGUCAAUCCUUGGGACUCGGUCGGUGUCGCAAAUGCCAUUAAUGAGAGUUUACUGUUAUCGGAUGGCAAAAAAUUAUCAAUAGAGCACAACCUAUAUGAAGCGGUGUGCAACAACACAAACCAAGAUUGGUCUAGCAAAGUUAUUUCAACUUUACUCAAUUUUGUGUCAACACAAACUGCAACACAUGGAACACCAUAUUUGAAUAGGCCUCUUUUACUGAAAAAUUACCAGGAAGCAAAACGUAGAAUGUUUCUCUUUGAUUACGAUGGCACAUUGACCCCCAUCGUGGGGGAUCCCAAUGCUGCAAUCCCUUCGGCUCGCCUCAAAAGUUUUCUUGAAGGACUCACCCAAGAUCCAAAGAAUGAAAUUUGGAUUAUUAGCGGUCGUGACCAGGCAUUUUUGGAAAAAUGGAUUGGAUCCCACUAUCCUCGGAUAGGGUUGAGUGCUGAGCACGGAUGUUUCAUGAAACAAGCAGGAGUUGAAAAAUGGGUGAAUUUAACGGAAAGCCUGGAUAUGUCAUGGCAGACGGUGGUUGGGGAAGUGUUCAGUAAGUACACUGAAAAAACUCCUGGUACUUUCAUUGAAAGAAAAAAGGUGGCUCUCACUUGGCAUUAUCGUAAGGCAGAUCCAAUUCUAGGUUUGUACCAAGCCGAAAAAUGCAGGGAAGAGCUUGUUAGACGACUAGAAGGAAAGUACGAUGUUGAGGUCAUGUCAGGUAAGGCCAACCUGGAGGUGAGACCAAAGUUUGUUAACAAGGGUGAGAUUGUCCGGCGUUUAGUAUUGUGCACCAAUCCGAUUGACCAAACACUUAAAUCUGUUGAAGAGUUACCGGAUUUUGUCCUGUGUCUGGGAGAUGAUACUACCGACGAAGACAUGUUCAAAGCGUUAAAUACUAUUGAACGCCAAUGGGCAACCGAUAAGAUCCCCGUGAACGAUUUUGGUACGCACGGCAUCUAUCCUGUUACUGUUGGUCCUGCCAAUAAAUCUACUGUCGCAAAGGCGUACUUGGCAGAUCCUAAUCAAGUGCUAGAUACCAUUGGUUUACUUUUGGGAAAAGUGUCGCUUUUUGAAACUGGAGGCACAGUCGAGUUGGAUGACCGUGGUCAUCUGAAGAAUAGUGAAAGUGCCAUAAACUCACAGGCUAAUCGUGCUGCCUACGAAAAGGCUUCCAAGUGA